UUUGCUUUGAAAUACAUGUGUUUUAAUUGCAAUUAAGUUUAUUGUUGUUAAUUGUGUUGAAUUGUCUGCCAUUUGAGGAGUGGUUUGCAUAAUGUAUGGGACGGGCAGUGGUAGGCGAGGAGCGGUCGGUCGGACGCCUUACGACACUUCUCUGAGCUUUCGCUCCCAAUUGAAUCAAUUGGCGACAAAUCGGAGUCAAAGCAACCAAUCGUUUGAUCAAUCGAUGAAUAAAUCAUAUUUAAAGUCAUAUAAUGUUUUGGGCGACACUUCCCUCAACUCAUCUGCCCAUCAAUUGAGUCAAUCAGUGCUAAUCAGUCAAACCGCUUACCACACACUCAAACCCUAUGUAUCUUUGCUACCAGUGCUGGUCAUCGAAGCCAUCUCUUCAGAUGGUAUG